UGUUUACCUUAAUGGACGCAUGCCGAAUAAGUUGCAAAAUUACGUGAUAAUUGUGCCGAAAAGCUGACUGAAAUAGCCUUCACCAUGGAUGUCAAACCCGUGGUGGCACCCCAGCAACGCCCCCGUCUUAUGGCGGAGCCGCUGCACAUCCAGCGCUUAGAAGCGGCCCUCAACAUGCGACCCUUCAUGGACAUGGCCAAAAGAGUUUUGCGGAAACCACUGAGCAGCAACGAUGAAAGUGACGAGGAGCAUGUGGUCAAAAGGGAGCAGGAGCCCCUGGAUUCUGAUGACUCCUCCACUGUGGGCGUAGUCAAGAUGAGAAAAUCCAAAAAGCGAAAGCAUCGUUUACUGGGCAGCAAAGAGGAGCGGCAAAGCGUCAAGGCGCAGCUGUAUAACUUUAACGAUCUGACCAGCGAUCGAGAGUGGCUGUAUGAUGUCCUUCUGAGCGAUACGGAAAGUGACGACCCCACAAUUACGGAGGAUGAGUAUGUGCAGCAGCUGCUGAGGGAGCACGUCCGGGAGCAGCGACAGCGGAAGAACUACUAUAAAAAGGCAACCAAUGCCCAGUAUGCAUAUUAUGGCAGUGGUCUGCUAUCGAACCACGACAUUUUUGCCGAGCGCCAGCAGGCGACAGCAGGAGUACGAAAGAGGCGCCGUCGCACCAAGCAGGAGAUCCUUAUGGCUCGUUUGGCUGAAGCUCAAGCAGGACCAAAGCCGCCCAAGCAACGAAGAAGGGGUCGCAAGAAACGAGAUAUGAUGGGAUCACCAGAAUCCGGAGAGGUGCCUCCGUCGGAGCUGGGCAAGUACUCAUUUGGCGACACACUGCCCACCAACGAGGACGAAGACGAGGAUGGUGGCGAGGUGGACUACAAGAGAGAGCUGGCCAGCCUGGCCCUGGAUUAUCCAGAAGAAGAGGAAAUAGAGGAGGAGGUGGACGUGGUGGGCGGCGCCGAGGGUCAAGUGACUAAAGUCCGACGGAAGCGAAAGAACCCGGCUGCAUUGGCCGCUCGACGUCGUCGCAUCUGGCAGAUUAUGUCUAAAAAGGAGUCUGGCAGAUUGCAACGCAUCAAAAGUAAUAAUCACAAAGAAAUGCUGGCCAAUUGCAAGCGGGUGGCUGGCAUGUGCGCUAAAGUGGUGCGCCAGCGGGCUCUCAACUCCCAAAGGAUCAUGAAGGAAACGGUGUGGCGUGCGAAGCGACUUACCAGGGAAAUGCUCACCUAUUGGAAGCGGUACGAGCGCGUGGAGCGGGAUCAGCGGCGCAAACAAGAGCGCGAGGCGGAGGAACAGCGCAAACAGGACGUUGAACUUAUCGAAGUGAAGCGCCAGCAGCGAAAGCUGAAUUUCCUUAUCACACAAACCGAGUUGUAUGCCCAUUUCAUGUCCAAAAAACUCGGCCAGGGCACCGAGGAGGAUCAGUUGCGCAUUCUCAGCCAGCUGGACGAGGAGACCAACGCCAAGCUGGCGAUUCAAGAUGACUACGACGCAGGGGAGAUGAAGCUGCUAGCUCAGGAGAACGCCGAGGCAGCCAUUCAAAGGGAUCUAGAUAAAACCAGGGCAUUCGAUGUGUGUGUAAAGAAGGAGGAGGAGGAAGAAGAGGAACCGGAGCCAGAACCAGAAAAAGAACAAGAACAGGAGGGAGAGGUGGAAAUUAAAGCAGAACCCCGCCCGGAGAUGAAGGACCUACCGCAACCAAAGAUGUUCAAGGGAACACUUAAGGGCUAUCAAAUCAAGGGCAUGACCUGGCUGGCAAACAUCUACGAUCAGGGAAUCAGUGGCAUCCUGGCAGACGAAAUGGGUUUGGGCAAGACAGUCCAAUCUAUUGCAUUCCUUUGUCACGUAGCCGAGCACUACGGAGUGUGGGGUCCCUUUUUGGUGAUCUCACCUGCAUCCACACUGCACAAUUGGCAGCAGGAGAUGUCAAGAUUCGUGCCAGACUUUAAGGUGGUGCCAUAUUGGGGUUCCCCUAGCGAACGAAAGAUCCUGCGUCAGUUUUGGGAUCAGAAACAUCUGCACACCCGCGAUGCCAGCUUCCAUGUGGUGAUUACUUCCUACCAGCUUGUGGUCAGCGAUUACAAGUAUUUCAACCGGAUCAAGUGGCAGUACAUGGUUUUGGACGAGGCACAAGCCAUCAAGAGCGCCGCCUCCCAACGAUGGAAGUUGCUAUUGGGAUUCAGCUGUCGGAAUCGACUACUCCUUAGUGGCACUCCGAUUCAGAACAGCAUGGCAGAGCUCUGGGCACUGCUGCACUUCAUCAUGCCGACGUUGUUUGAUUCCCAUGAUGAGUUUAACGAGUGGUUCUCAAAAGACAUUGAAUCCCAUGCUGAAAACAAAACGGGCAUUGAUGAGAAACAAAUCUCCAGGCUGCACAUGAUCCUCAAACCCUUUAUGUUACGACGAAUAAAGAAGGAUGUGGAGAACGAGCUGUCGGAUAAGAUCGAGAUUAUGGUUUACUGCCCGCUGACCAUUCGCCAAAAGUUGCUCUACAGGGCGCUGAAGAGUAAAAUCCGGAUUGAGGAUCUUUUGCACCUGACCAGUGGAUCCACUACCACUUCGACGUCCUCAUCUGCCUCAAAUCUUAUGAAUCUGGUCAUGCAGUUCCGCAAGGUGUGCAAUCAUCCAGAGCUCUUUGAACGGAGAGAUGCCAGGAGUCCGUUCUUUAUGCGAUGCGCGGAGUACACGAUUCCCAGAUUAGUUUACGAAGAAGGACUCACUCACAGAUCACUUCCCAGUCGAAAGCAUUUGCUCUACAAUCGAUUUAGUAUCUUUAAAUCGGAGUAUAUGCAAAAAUCUCUUUUCGAGGAUGUAAAUGUGGAUAGUUGCUUUGGCUUCACCCGUUUGUGUGAUUUAUCUGUGGGAGAUAUGGUGGAUGUGACACUGAAUGGACUGAUUGACUUUCUUUUGCAUUACCGUCGAGUGCUGGAGAAAUAUCCACUGGUCGCCUACCGCCGAUUUUGGUGGAAAAAGCAACCUGACAGUCGGUAUCAACUGCUGGAGCCAAUGCUAGAAAACAAACUAGUUCUGGACUAUAUGCCUUCGGACAGUGUACUUAGGAACUUCCUUUUUACAGCGAUGACCACUCAUGAGAGCAGCGUUUACGCUUUUGGUGACUACUUCACCUACAACAUGCAAGAAACGAUUGAACAUCGUGUGAUCCGCUCAAAGAUUCUCAAAGAAAAAACCGCAUUGAUAGAGGAAAUGGAGGAGUCCAAGCAGGAGUUGGAAAUGGAAUCUGUGGAGGUUCAAACAAAGUCGAAUGCCAAGAGUGAUGUAAAGGUGACCACUCUGCUACUGCUUCCCGAGUUUCCGCAUCGCCCUCGAAAACCGAGGAGCUAUAAAUGUGAGCCGCUUUCGAUGCCACGACUUCUUUACGAUUUGGGUCAGAAAGUGCAAGCGGUAGAUAGGCAUUUAUACUGUGAGAGCCGCAGUGCUGCCUGGACGCAGAUUCGUCACGAGCAGUGCGAAAACAGCCAAGGCAGAGAGCUCGUCUCCAGCGGAUUGGCCUUGUGCAAACCCCUCAGUGGUUGGUCCUCGAUUGUGGUGCCUGACAAGGAGACUUUGAUUACCGACGCCGGCAAGCUGUUUGUUUUGGAUACCCUGCUUACUCGUCUCAAGGCGAAUGGUCAUCGAGUUCUCAUCUACUCACAGAUGACCAAGAUGAUUGACUUGCUGGAGGAGUACAUGUGGCACCGCAAGCAUCGAUACAUGCGAUUGGAUGGCUCGAGCAAGAUCUCCGCUCGUCGCGAUAUGGUUGCUGAUUUCCAAACAAGGGCCGAUAUUUUCGUAUUUCUGCUUUCAACGAGAGCUGGAGGCUUGGGAAUUAAUUUAACCGCUGCUGAUACGGUCAUUUUUUACGACUCGGAUUGGAAUCCCACUGUCGAUCAACAGGCCAUGGAUCGGGCCCAUCGCUUGGGCCAAACCAAACAGGUGACUGUCUACCGACUCAUCUGCAAAGGAACCAUCGAGGAGAGGAUUCUGCAGAGGGCCCGAGAAAAAAGCGAGAUACAACGCAUGGUCAUAAGUGGCGGCAAUUUCAAACCCGACACACUCAAGCCCAAGGAAGUGGUUUCGUUGCUAUUGGAUGACGAGGAAAUUGAGAUGAAAUAUCGCCAAGAGGCCAACCUGCAGUCCUCUUCACCGAUUCCAACAGCCACUCAAGGCGAACGCAAAAGACGACAUCCCAAUAAGGAUGUAAAUAUGGGUGGCACCACCAUCGCGGCCACCUCGACUUCCCAAAACCCCGACGACGAUGUUCCCAGUUGCAGUUCCUCGGCGAAGCGACUAAAACUUGAGCAGGAGGAGGACUUCAUCGACGUGGGCGUUACAUCAUCGGCUUCGAGUGUUGGCACGGACAGCAAUCAUCCGACCCUCAGCCAGGAGACCUACGUACCAGGAGCCACCUGUGUCCAGCAGAUGGACAACGAUUCCGAUAAUGAGGCUCUGGUGGUGGAUGGAGAUAGUCCCACGCUGAUGGGCCAAAACGAAUCGAUGAACUUCCUCGGCGACCUGAGCGGCAUUUCGCCGAUGCGGCGACGUCACCACCCGCGCGGCACAAAGCGGGGACGUCCAAGGGGCAGCACACGACGCGGCGGCGGACACGGCUCGAUCCAGCGCGUGCUGACGCCGACGCCAGCGGUACCGGCAACGUCGACGGCGGCAGCGGCGGGAACAGGAGCGGGAGCGUCGUCACCCCUGCCGCAGCAGGAAGUAAGCGGCGGUGGCGAGAACGCCGGCCUGGCGCUCAACGAAGAUGACUACGGAUCUAGUCCUGUUCCAUCUGGACAAUCGCCUGGAAUUUCCGGCAAGCGAGGGCCAGGACGGCCCCGUUCAAAGACCGCUACGCCGAUCAGUCGAGGAAAGCGAGGAGCUCCACGUGCCCGUCGUCCAAUGGGACCACUGUUGGUUCCAUUGGGUCGCAGUCCUGAUGCAACGCCCCCCAGCAGCAGUCCAGCCACAAGUCGGGCGCCAAGUCCUUCAACAGGAUCUCAUGCUGCCGCAGGAGUGGAGUAGUGUAUAACUCAUUUUUAAAGACAAAAGACCAAGCCAAUUUGUUAGCAAUCUUUGUUUGUCUGGGUCAAUCAAUACCGUAAAGAUUACUUUUCUGUGUACAUUCUGGUUCAUGAAAAACAAAAUUAUAAAUUCCGGGACAGGAAAGUUUUCAAAUAGCUUUUAAGAAAAUAUAUUUAUUACAGAGCCCUGAAAAAUAUGUGAAUUGUUUCUUUACGGUUUUAUUUCUAUAUCAAAUAGCUUACAAAAAUGUUAUUUCCUUGGCUUUUAUAUUACUCUUGCAUUAAUAAGAAUUUGUGGCUUCUUACAUGUGGAUCGAAAUAUGGAUAAAGGACAGGAAUAAAAAUAAAUACAAGUAAACUCUAACCUCAAAAAAA